GAUACCAUCGCUUCAACUGCAGCCUUUCAGACAAGAGCCGUUAUUUCCUGAUUCAGAUCACCUGUCCUGGAAGUUUAAAGGAGUGGAAAUAGACAGAAAUACACUGAACCAAGAAGAUUCAAACGAGCGAUAUAAGAAGUGGAAUCUCUAAGAAUGGCCUCCCAGACCUCCAGCCUCUGGAAUGAAACAACUACAUCUGUUUAUCAGUACCUUGGUUUUCAAGUUCAAAAAAUUUACCCUUUCCAUGAUAACUGGAACACUGCCUGCUUUGUCAUUCUGCUUUUAUUUAUAUUUACAGUGGUAUCUUUAGUGGUGCUGGCUUUCCUUUAUGAAGUGCUUGACUGCUGCUGCUGUGUAAAAAACAAAACUGUGAAAGACUUGAAAAAUGAACCGAACCCUCUUAGAAGUAUGAUGGACAACAUCAGAAAACGUGAAACUGAAGUGGUCUAG